AUGCUGCAUUAUCGAAGAAAGCUAAUAACCCUCGGGGUCGCGGUUCUGGCCUGUGUGCCAUUGAUUCGAGCUGAUGGCCCUGUGGAUCGAUUUGAUUUUCAGGCCAUCGCUAUUAAUAACGAUCUCUACGUUACGGGCGGCAACCUGGAAGCGCCGGAUAUGUGGCAUUUGGAUCUAUCCAAGGAUCUAGUGGCCGCUCAACCCCACUGGGAAGUGCCUGCCAACUACCAGCCACCGGCUGGAUCAUUUCAACCAUUUUUAUACGGUGUAGGAUUCCGCGGUGCCAAUGAUAACAAUAUUUACGUGCAAGCGGGCGACGGAGGCGGCGAGCAGAUGGCAUAUUUAGCAAUGUACGAUACCGCCGGUCAAUGGAGUACAGUCAAUGUGAAAGGAAUCAUGCCAUUGCCACGCGCCCAAAUGACCGCCAAUGCCAAUAACAAUACGGGCAUGACCUGGUUCUACGGCGGUCGAUCCGCGAAGGAUUCUACUAAAGCUUAUUACAACGACUUUUAUACUUUUGAUACCCAAUCGUCUUCUUGGAGUCAGUAUUCUGUGCCGGAGCCUUACGGUCCUCGUCCUCCACGCUAUGCCCAUUCGGCCAAUCUAAUAAUGGAUCAGUUAUUUAUUAUGGGAGGACGGACAGCAGCUCAGAAUACAGGCGACAAUUCAUGGUCUGAGGCGUUUGCCGAUUUCCAUAGUGUCCUUGUGUUUGAUACCGUUGAGAAAAAGGCGGUGAGCAUGGAAACCAUUGGUGAUAUUCCGAAUCCACGACUCGAUGUCAUUGCUCCUGAUGGUCGAUCAAUUGUUAUUUAUGGUGGUCACCAUCUUGAUCAGACGAAUUUUACGGCAGAUAACGAUGUCUACGUAUUGGAUACAUGCAAAUUACGGUGGUCCAAGCCGUCUGUCAAAGGAACGCCGCCUACCGCGCGCGCCGGUCACCGGGCCGUGACCCAUGGCAACUACAUGCUGGUCAUGCUAGGUUACAGCGACGUGGUUGACAAAGCACCGGUCUUUGUGAACGAUGUGGCUAUUUUGGAUAUGAAGUCGUGGGAAUGGGUCGAUUCCAUGUCAGGUCAAAAUCAGGUCCAAGCGAAACCAGAAUGUCGAUACGAGUUUCCUCCAUUACCAUCAACGAAUCAAGGCGCGGGGACCAAGCCAAUGAUAUACGACACCACUGUCAUUGAGAACCCGUGGGCCAACGAUCCGGCUGACGAUAAGAAAAAGAAAGGAUUUAGUAUCUCGUUCUCACUGUUUGGCUUCUUUCUUAUUCUGGGCGCGGCCUUCUUUUUCUACCGACGUCGUCAACGUAGAAAGGCCAGAACCGCCAAUCCACGCUGGCUUCCUGGCGCUUUGUCGUCCGAUCAACCUUAUGUGAAACCCGACGAUGACUAUCCCUUGUUCGUGUACAACGCCAACGAAAAACGAGACGAGGAAACCGCGACGGCGGUGCCCUUGCCAGACAUCACACGAACUUACACCGCUACCGACCAUGCUCAAUCCCGUCAGGACGAACCAUCGUCGGUCAAACAUCCUGCGGAUAUUUGGGACCGUAUGCGGGACCUCGGUCAACAUCAUAACCAGCAACAACAACCACAUCCUUAA